UGCGGUGCCUACAUGAACACGAAAAUAAUUGUAGCAGGAGAGCUGGAAGAACCUGCGGUUUUUAUUGAUGAGCGAGAGUUUCUUCUUCCCUAAAUUCAGAUUUGUAGGCCCUUAUCCAAAUCUACGACCUUGCAUUCUGUGAAAUAUAGAUGCAAGUGCUGCUGACAUGGCCGAGGAAGACAAUUUCUAGAAAUCCGACAAUUAGUUGGCUACAAGGACUAUGAUUCAUAAUUUGAGGAGAGCUGUGGCCUCGUGGUUGUUUACAAAUACUGGCAGGGCAGUCAAUGGGUUAAGAAAGGAUAAGCUUGCUCGAUCGCUAGAAAUAACUACCAAAAACGUCAAAUCAAAUACAGAUGUGGCACACCUCCAGCUCAAAUUUAGAGAUAUAAACUCCAUCCUUGGUGCUAGUGGACUGAAUGAAGUAGCCCAGCUUUGCCAGAACCCCCCUCACCUGUUAUUAGACGAGAACUCAAAAGAAAAGACUCUUACAACGACAUUUGAUUCACAGAAGAAGUCAAUUUUUUUCAGGUUUGACCCUGGUCAUUUCACAGAGACUGUUCUUCGUGAUGUACAUGAGAAAGGAGAAAACUAUGGCUUCUCAAGUGAUUACCACCUAUUUACCAAAGAACGUGGUGAACUGGCAGAAAACAUCCCAGGACAAACUGUCGCUGUAGAAUUCAGCUCCCCGAAUAUAGCUAAACCAUUCCAUGCCGGGCACCUAAGAUCAACCAUCAUUGGAAACUUUAUAGCAAACAUCAACCAAGCGCUCGGAAAUCAUGUCAUCAAAAUCAAUUACCUUGGAGAUUGGGGCUUGCAAUUUGGUCUUCUUGGUGUUGGUUACAAACUUUGGGGAAGUGAAGCAGAGUUUGAGAAAGACCCUAUUCACCAUCUCUUUCACAUAUAUGUCCAAGCCAACAGGACAGUGGCAGAACAGGAAGACUUGGGGACCUCACCAUUGUUGGAGGAGGCAAAACUCUUACUCACCAAUAUGGAAAAUGGCGACCCCUCUGCCACAACACUCUGGAAAAGAUUUCGAAGUAAAAGUUUGGAGGAAUACACAAAAAUUUAUAAAAGGCUAAACAUUGCGUUUGAUGAUUACGAUGGUGAAUCAAAGUAUGUCGAUAAAGCGCAGCAGGUUCUGGAGGCGAUGAAGGAGGCUGGUUUAUUGUUAUAUGAUGGAGAUGGUGUUGGUUACUGUAACACAAUGAAAAGACCUGAUGGAAGGUUGGAAAGGGCGUCACUCGUCAAAAGUGACGGUUCUACUUUAUACUUAACAAGGGAUUUGGCUGCCAUUUUAGAGCGAUACAAGAAGUAUUCUUUUGAUAGAAUUCAUUAUGUGGUUGAUAAUGGUCAGAAUUUUCAUUUCAUGAGCAUGAAGGAAAUAUUACGCCAACUAAAACAUGAUUGGAUUGACAGGCAGCCAAACCUGCAUGUGAAGUUCGGUGUUGUCCAUGGCAUGAGUACGAGAAGAGGAAACGUGGUUUUCCUGAGUGACAUCUUGGAUGAGGCCAAACAGAGGAUGCUGGAGAUAAUGAAGAACAAACCUUCGACAAAGGCAACACAUCUGGAUGAGGUUGCAGAAACUUUGGGAAAAAGUGCAGUUAUCAUUCAAGAUCUGAGGGAGAAGAGGCAAAAAGGUUAUAAUUUUCACUGGGACCGUAUGCUUGAGAACUCUGGACAGACUGGUGUUUUCCUUCAAUACGGACAUGCUAGACUCUGCAGUCUGGAGAAAAACUGUGGUGUUGAAAGCAGUGGGGAUUGGAAUGCCAGUCACAUCCAGCAGCCCACAGCACAAGCACUGCUUCUUCAGAUAGCAAGAUUUGAUGAGGUCGUUAAUGAAGCUUACUCAAAGUUGGAAGCUUAUGUCGUGAUCCACUAUCUGUUUCACCUAGUCAAUUUAACCAAUGCCGCCUUUAGAGCUCUGCCAGUGAAGAACGCACCCAGUGAUGAAGUUGCUCAGUCUAGACUGCAGUUGUUUCGUGCCAGUAGGAUAACCAUUGCCAAUGGGAUGAGGUUGGUCGGUCUACAGCCACUUGAAACAAUGUGAUGGGUGCUGAUUUCGACUAUGGAAGUCAGACAUUGUGACAGAAAUGAAGUUGGUCGUGUACUGCCACUGGAAAUAAUGUGAUAAGAGUACAGACCUCAGGGUGCACACCCCAGCUGGAAGGGGCGAAUAUGGCCAAUGGAAUGAAAUCAGUUGGUGUACUGCCACUGGCAAUGAGUUAGAGUGCAGACCUGAGCUUGGAGAGUCCAAUAUGGUCAAUGGAAUUAAGUUAGUGGGUGUUAUGCCACUGGCAAUGUGAUGGGGUGCAUACCGCAGCUAGAAGAGUUGAACAUUAACAGUCAAACAUGGCCGUUGGAAUGAAGUUGGUCAGUGAACGGCAACUGGAAACAAUGUGAUAGAGUGCAGACCUCAGUUCGAAGUGUCGAACAGGUUGCCUGAUUGAUCUAGGGUAGAGGACACCUGUCCCCUGUUGAUUUGGACAUGACCCGAAAUCCAAGAUGACCGCCAAUCCACCAACUUGGUUUUUGGCAUUCCACCCCAUAACUCAAGAACCAAGUGACAGACCUGAAACUCUUGGGGUGUGAUGACUUAGUGUAGGGGAGAUUCUGUAUCAAUUCUGUAUAAAAAAGGUCGGUCAGUGCUCGAAGAGUCGAAUAUGGUCACUGUACAGCCACUGGAAACGGUGUGAUAGAGUGCAGACCUCGGCUUGGAGAGUCAACAGUCAAAAAUUGUCUUGGAAAUUGAUAUUGACAGUGAAACAUUGACGGUCAAACAUGGCCUUUGAAAUGAAGUGGGUCAGUAUACUGCCACUGGAGACAAUGUGAUGGAGUGCAGACCUCAGCUCGAAGAGUCUAAUAUGGCCAAUGGGACAAGGUUGGUCGGUGUACAGCCAUUUGAAACAAUGUGAUGACUGAUAGGGUGCAUACCGCAGCUAGGAGAGUCAAAGGGUUCAUGCACCGAUAUUUCAAUAUGGUGACAAUGAAUGAAAUUUGAGGAACUACGUCCUCUUACUCAAAUCUCAUGAAAUCUCCUCGACCGUCCAAUGUUAAGAGUAUAGUGCAGAAUCAGAAGAGAAUUGAGCCUCCAAGUUAAUUCACCUGAAGUGUUGUCAAAUGUCCCUUGCUCAUAAAUUUAG